AUGUCCUGGAGGAUCGACCUCUCCCUCACCCGGCAAGGAGUCUCAGUAACCGCAUUCUCCCUCGCGGUAACUCUCCAGCCACAACCCCAACCAACCCCCAAAUCCCGCACCUUCCACGCCUUCUCCCAGCUGCCCACAGAACUCCAACUCCACAUCUUCCGCGCCUGUGACGCGCCGACGCUCUUCCAACUCAUACACACAACUUCCCACAUCCGCACCCUUACUUUACCCAUCUUCUGGAACAUCUUCGGCAGAAAUACGUGGUACACCAUCAACACCCUCUCCAUCGGCUACGCCAAGCUCUUCGAGAUAACAUACAUAGCACAUGACAAAUCCUUCGCGAAGAAUAUCGCACAAGUCGAAAUCGAUAUAUGGAGAGGCCUAUUCGAGUUCCGUGGGAAAUAUGGUGUCCUUGAUGCGGACAAGGCCCGACGGUUCUGGGCCAUGCUGCGGGAUUUAUUCCCUGCGGCACAAAAGGUCGUUCUUGCUGGUCUCGUGGAUCCAGAUUCUGUUCAACUGCCUUUCUAUGCAGCUGAGGAGGAGGAGGAGGGUCAGUUUGGCCCGUACAGCAACGUCGUUGUAGAAAAUACGGAUCACGCGAUUAUCAGAGGUGUGCUGCAGUUGGCGCCGCAGGGCAUUGAGGCCUUUGCCUCGUUACCUGUGAAAGAGAAAGCUGCUUCAGUCCAGCUAUGGGGAAUCGCUUCUGAUUCUAGUCCUGAAGAUGGGGCGAAAAUGUGGCGCCUUGUUGAUACGUCAUGGAACCCACGACGACUUUUGUUACCCGCUCGCAAGGAUUGGUCCCCGGGGCCAGUAGGCGAAUACCUCACGAUGGAACGCCUCAUGCUUAUUUCCUCGCUGGAACGCAACGGCCUCGCCUGGCUGCGGCAUGAGACGCAUGUCAAGUUUCCUUCAUCAAAACGAGGAAUCGAGUGCCCGAACUGGGGAUGUGGAGCAGUGUUCGACGAACGGGACAGGCGGACGCCACAGCAUGUAAGGGAUGUGUUGCAUGCGCGGCUGAAGCGGGUUAUGGGCAUGGAUGUGCGAUGGAGGGGUCUGAUGAAAAAGUUGAAGAGGGAGGCGGGUGAGGAAGGGUCUGAGAAAAGGGAAAUAUUCCGAAAUGCGUUCUUAGAUCAGAUGGAGGCGGAUGGUGGGCUGCUUCUUGGGGAUGAGGGCGAGAGGGAAAGGACAGACCUUUGGGUGAAGGUUUGUUGGGCUCUGGACAAUGAGUAG